AUGGACAUGGCUUCUGCACAAGGCGACGAUGUUCAAUUAGCACCGGAGGAAAUAGAGGCCGGACUUCCAACGGAUGAACAGGAUUCCACGUUGGGAGAUGACACACAAACAGAAACAACCACACUUGCUAGUACUAUCCUUCGACACCGCGAAGAAAAUGGACGCACAUAUCACAAGUUCCGGAGCGGUGAGAAUGACUACUGGGGCCCAAAUGAUGAGCGGCAGAACGCGCAGCUGGAUCUGGGCCAUCAUAUGCUGACCCGACUCCUCGAUAACAAAUUACACUUGGCCCCCAUUGGUGAGCAAUGUCACAGGGUGAUAGAUCUAGGAUGUGGAACCGGCAUCUGGACCUUGGACUUUGCAGACGCGCACCCGAGCGCAGAGGUAUUGGGAGUCGACCUGAGCCCUAUUCAGCCGGCUUGGGUGUCACCUAAUUGUCGGUUCCUGGUCGACGAUUGCACGAGCGAGUGGCCUUACCCUACCGACUACUUUGACUUUGUUCAUAUUCGGUGCUUAUACGGCAGUGUAUCAGACUGGCCCGCUUUGUAUCGUCAAAUUUACAACCACACUAAGCCCGCCGGGUUUAUUGAGCAAAUGGAAAUGUCCAUUGAGUUUACCAGCGACGAUGGAACGAUCGAUGAUGAUCAUAUCAUGGCCGAGUGGUCGAGAAUAUUCAUCGAGGCAGGGGAUAAAAUGGGAAAGACUAUGAAAAUCGCUGAUCAAGCGGCCGCAUUAAUUAGAGAAGCAGGGUUUACAGACGUGAUGGAGAAAUGGUACAAAGUCCCCGUUGGUUCGUGGCCAAAAGAUGAAAAAUUAAAGGAGAUCGGCCUAUACAACUAUCGCUACUGCUGCGAGGGUUUUGAGGGGUGGGCCAUGUAUUUGCUCACGCGAGUCAUGAAUUGGAGUGCUCCUGAAGUCCAAAUUCUCGUGUCAAAGAUGAAAUCGGCACUCAAUAAUAGGAAAACCCAUGGUUAUUACCGCGUGUAA